AUGGAGCACGUACCACACUCGCUCCGCAAGGCCCAUCCACCGCGGGCGGGUGCGCAGUGGAGCGGAACUGCGGUGCGGGUCGCGCUGGGGACGCUCGCGCGGCUCUCGGGUGCGCCUCAGGCCGUAGUCGACGUCCUGGCGGCGGCGCCGGCCGCCGCCGAAGCUGCGCUCCGCAAGGCGCUGGCCUGUCCGGCGCUGGCCCAGCCGCUGCUAGCAAACUUGAGCGAGCCUCUCGGCGCUGCCACCGAGGUGGCGCGCUAUCUGCGUUCGCUGCACCCGGCCGGCGCGGCGCCGCUCGACCUCCUUCCGCAUGUACCAAAGUCGCAGCAGGCGGCGUUCCGCGGUGGGCCGAUCCCGCUCGGCGCUCGGGUCAUGGUCAACUCGCGUCUAGUCGGCUCGCUGCGAUACCUCGGCCCGGUCGCCUUUGCCUCGGGCGUGUGGGCCGGCAUCGAGCUCGACAAGCGGGCGGGCAAGCACGACGGGACUGUGGAGGGCGUUCGCUACUUUGCGGCCAAGGCCAAGCACGGCAUCCUCGUCGACCCGGCUCGGGUCCUAGUGGAAUCGCUCGGUUCGUUUGUUCUUCCCUCGGAUCCCGAUGCUCUUUCAGCCUCGCGCUCGCUCUCCUCGGCCGCCCGUCUCGAGCUCAACGCGGCGCUGACCUCGAUCAAGACCGGCCUCACCGAACAAGUUCAGGCGCUGGGCCAGGACUUGCGGGCCUGCGUCUCACUCGCGGAUCCGCUGCCGGUGGAGCUUGCCCGCGACCAGCUCGUAUUUCAUAUGGCCGUCAUAGCAGGCCGCGCCCGCGAGUCGGGCAUCUCCGCCGCCGACGCUGCGUACGAAAACAGGCUCGUCGGUUUGGAGCCACCCGAGCCGGGUGUGUCUUCUCCUUCUGUAGAGGCGCACCUCCGCAGUGCUGGUACAAGAGCUGGAUCCGAGUAUGAGACAGAACUUGCCAAGCUCCCGCGUCACGAGGCCACCGUCCUUGCUCUCCGCCACGCCUCGCUCCGGGCCAAGCUCGAUCUUGAUCUCGCAGUCCACGAGGCGUCCGCCAACGACUCGCUCUCGGUAAGCAUCCAUGCCCUCGAUCGGCAGCUUGCCGAGGGUGUUGCCCGCGAAGCUCAAGCGCUCACGACGGCACUUUCGGACGUCGAGCCCGGCUCGGACGAGGCCACCAUCAUCCGGGCGGCUGCCGAAACUCGAAUCAAGACACUCGAGUACGAGGCUGCCGUCGAGCGUGACAAGCUUGAGGCCAAGCACAAGGCGCGGCUCGAGGCCCGCAGUGGAUCAGCGCGCGCUGCACUCCAACACACCAUUGAGCAUGACGUCCAGCUCGCGGUUCUCCGUCACAAGCAGUACGCGCUGGAAAAGGCGGCGCUAGGUGCGCGGCAGCAGCACCGCGAGCUCGCGCUCGCGACCUCGCUCGACGCUUCGUCGCACGAGCUCAACCGCUCGGGUGUCCAGCUCAGCGAUGCCAUUGCCUCGGCCAAGCUGCAAGUUGCUAUGGAGACGGUUCGAGACGAGGCCAAGCUUGAAGAGGCCCAUCACCGUCUCGCCCUUAACGACCAGCACCUGGCUGAGAACAUGGCGCUGGCGCUGCACAUGGAGACGCUCCGCCACCAGCACGAUGCCCGUGUUGCUGCACUCACUGCCUCACUCAUGCUCUCAUGCGAGCGCGAGCGCGCGCUUGCUUCCGACCCGCGUGCCGCUGCUGCUGUCUCGUCCAAGUAUGUUGCCGCGGCUGAGCGGGCUCGAGCCGACGCCGAUGCUGACCUUGCUGCACUUCUUGCUGGUCGCAAGCAAGCUCUUGCCUCGCGUCAGGCCGCACAGUCGCUCCAGCUGCAAGUUCUUGACGCACGGCACGCGCUUGAGCUUGAUCAGCUCGACCACGCGCUCCACGCUCGCCUGGAACUUCUCCAGGAGAUUGAUACAGCCAGCGGCGGUGCCGACGCCGCCGCCAAGCUGGCUGCAUUUGAAUCCGAAUGCGUUAGUGAGCGGAUGCAUACCGCUGCACGCCACCUCGCCGAGCGUCGCGCCCACGUCGCCACCGCCGCACAAGCUGAGCUUCACGAGGCUGGCUCGGAGCAGGAAGCUGCGGCGUCAGCGCUGGCCAAGCUCCAUACGGCUGCAGCCGCAUCCGAGUCGGCUGCCGCUGCUGCAGAGAGUCAACAGAGUGCGGCCCGGGCCGAGCUUGUGACGACAGCCAUUGCCGCUGCUGCCGCCACGCCACCGCACCCGCUCGACCAUGAGCUUGAGGUCUUUGGCGCUCGCUACGAUGCCGCAUCACAGACUGCGCUCUCGCAGACCUUGUCGUCGACCGUCGCCGUCCUGCUCGAGCUUGACACUGCGGAACAGACCGCAUCCAGCUCGACCGGCGACCUGAUUGACGCAGGCGCGGCCGCGUUUGAGUCGGGCUCGCGCGCCGCCGCCCAGCGUCGUCACGCCGCCGCCCGCGACAUUGCCAAGACCAAGGCCAAAGUGGCCAUGGCCAAGGCCCGCCGGGAGCUGGCCGAUGAGCCCAUGGCGCUUUCCGCCAAGCUCAAGACGCUCCGCGCAAACUUGACCGCUGAGCUGGUGAGCCUCGAAGAGUUGGCCCACACCCCACGGGCGUCCAACUCGACUGUUUUCACACCACGUUCGGUGCGUGCAAGUGUCGUCGCUCAGCGGCAGACUGUAGAGGCUGCCGAGCGCAGCGCUGUCAUCGCAGUCGCCCGCGCCGAUGCGGUGCGCACACUCGAGUCGAAGCUCACCGAGUGUGAUGCCCGCUUCCACGCCGGCGAGCUUACAGCUGACCAAUGCAAUGCGCUCAAGAACGCAGCGCGCGAGCGCAAUCGCGCGCUGCUCACCACUCUAGAAGACGACGUCGCCAUUGAGCUUCACCACCGCCACACCAUGCAGCGGUCGCACCUCGCAGCUCGCGCCGCCCACGAUGUGUUGCGUACCAAGCUUCAAACGUACAAGAACGAACUUGCCGUGCUUAGCAAGCUCCAAGCCCGGGGCGUGGCCACGCCUUCGCCGUCAGGUGGCCCUCCUGCUGCAGCCACACCCAUUCCUCGACUUGAUCUCACGUCGCCGCUGGUGGCGCUGCCGCAGGGCUCGCUCCCGCAUGCCUCGUUCUCGUUCUCCGGAUCAGUAACGCCGCUCAGCACACCGGCGGCCACACCCGGCGAGUCGCCGCGGGUCGCAUCUCCGUCGUCGGAGCCCGAGCCUGGCUCGUCGAGCGGAUCGGACGUCGAGCUCUACAAGGCACCGCAGUACUUUGCAACCAUGCUCAAGCUGGGCGAUGAAUCGCUCUCUCAUGAGGCACUACGCCGGGCGCUCCGCGCCGGCGGAGCAUCCUUUGCCGCAGAGCUGGACGAUGGUGGCGGGCUUGACGCCAUUGUGGAGAACCUAGUCAUGGCGUCGCGAGCGCCCAAGCUCACCCCACCGGAGCAAGCCAGCGUCGCAAACGUUGCACACUCGCUUGCCGAGCUGUUGGCUGUAUCGCCACAGCAUUUCGACGUUGUCGAGCGCCAUGGCUCCGCGCGGGGCGCGAUUGUCAGCCUCUUGCGCUGGCCGUUGCCAGCACUCCGUGAGCCGCUGUUGCAAGUUCUGCUCGCGUGGGUGGGGCGCGAGCCGUCCGCAAACGCGCACGCACACUUGCGUGCGUUUGAGCAGGUGGCACAGGACUGGCGCUACCCGUACCGAUUCAAGCAUGUGCUGGGCCUCGUGGGAAGUGCCAAUAGCGACUUUGAGCUGGCGCGACUGGCGCUUCAGCUGCUCAACGCGGUGCUUGACGGACUGGGUGAUGCCGACGCUCGCGCCGCGCUCCGAGAAGAGUGGAUGGCCCACGGCCUCGGCGCGGCCUUGAAUGCGUUUGAGGACGAUACCGAGGCCUACGGCGACGCUGCCGACGCACUGGUGGCGUUUCGCGAGCAGGCCGCUGCCGACGGCGCCGCGCUGGUCAUGCAUGGCGUCGACAUGAGGUCGCCGAGUGCCAUGGCCCAGUUUCUUGCCGAGCAUCUACGGGUCGGAUCGCAGCGAGCAUACCAUGCCUUUGUUGCGAUUAUGCAGUUGUUGGUUAGCCUGCCGACGCUGGGAAGCCUUGCAGAAGCCAGCUGGCCGCUGCUGGCCGAGCGUCUUGCGCGCAUGGUCGACGUGCCUACUGCAGACGAGCUUGCAACAUGCGCACAACCGCUGCGGGACGAAGGCCAUCCGGCGCUGACAGCAGCAAUGGGCUACCUGGCGGAGAUCAACGAGUUGCCUGGCACCACCGUACCACGGACGCUGCGAAUGCAGGCGUCCACCCAUACCCGCGCGUAUGUCGAUGGCCUGGUCAACCGCGUUUGCACGCUUGAGGACGAGCUUGCUGCCAGCUUGAAGCGGGCGUCUGACCUCGAGUCGACACGCCCCGAGGUGGCCCACGCCUUGGAUGUGCAUGCGGCGAACGUUGCCGCAAUCCGACAGCAGGCCCGCGACGCACAGCGGGCAGCCGUGUCAAUGUAUGAGGCCCGCCUCAAGGCCGAGGCGCGGCGGGCGGCCAAGGCUGUGGAGCACUACUCGCUCGAGAUCACCCGGCUAUCCCGCAAGGUAGCAGCCACGCUCAAAAAGGCGGCUAUGCUUGACAUUGAUGCCGACUCGCGGCUCAAAGCUGCGCGGGUGAGGUUCCGCCUCGGCGUGCGAAGGAUCAUUGUCAAGCGUCGGAUGGCGGCGUCAUUUGCGGUAACCCACGUUGAUGGGAGGCGCGCCGGCGGAGCUGGCGUGUUGACAGGUGGUCCACCACCGCCACCGCCGCCGCCCGGACGAGGCCCACCGCCGCCUCCACCGCCGCCUGGAGGAGGAAGAGGACCACCGCCGCCACCACCGCCUGGUGGUCCGCGCCCUCCGCCCCCACCCGGCGCUGGUCUCGGGCGCGGUGCCGCCUUGCGGAAGCCGCGGUUGCCGAUGAAGAAACUGCACUGGACCAAGCUCAAACCGGCACAAGUCCGCGGCACAGUGUUUGAGAGCAUGCAUCCGGAAAAGUGGACGCUCGACUACGAGCAGCUCGAGUCACUGUUCACCUCGAGCCGACCAAAGCUCCAAGCAGCGUCGGCGGCGCCGUCCAAGCCCAAAAAGGUGCUCCUGCUCGAUGGCAAAAAGUCGAACGCCAUCGGCAUUCUCAUGGCCCAGAUCAAGGUGCCACCCGAGGCGCUGCGCGAGGCCAUUCUCGACCUCGACACCCGUGUUUUGAACGAGGACGCGGUGUGCGGGCUGCUCAAGCAGCUGCCGACGCCAGACGAGAUCGAGACGCUGGCUAGCUACGACGGCGAUCUUGGUGUUCUGGGCAAGUCGGAGCGGGUGGUCAUGGCCAUCAUGGACGUGCCCCGGCUGCGGCCACGGCUAGAGUCGAUCCGAACUAAGCUCCAGUUUGAGGAGCGGUCGACGGACAUCACGACUGGGCUGACGAUGGUCUCGGCCGCGCUCACCGACAUUCUCGAGUCUCAGGCCCUAAGUAAGGUCCUGGAGCUUGUCCUCGCUGUUGGCAACUUUAUGAACGGGUACCCAUCGCUUGGCUUCCGGCUCUCGUUUCUUAACAAGCUACGCGACACCAAGUCGCAGGACAACCGAACGACGCUGCUGCAUGUUCUCGUCGAUUUUCUCGCUACUAAGCACCCAAACGUGCUUUGCUUCGUCGAGGAUCUUAGCCACGUCGAGCAAGGUGCGCGCUACUCGCUCGAGCUGCUGGAGGCUCAGGUGACCGAACUCACUGUUGCGCUCAAAGUUAUUGGUCGGGAGCUGGAGCUUGUAGCCCCAACCGACCGCUUUGUCGAGGUCAUGGGGGUCUUUGCCGAGGGCGCCAACGCCGCGCUGGCUGACAUGCACAACUCAAUCGCCGCCAUCAAGACGACGUACGCCAAGACCGCCAAAGCGUACGGCGAGAGCCCUGCCAAGGUCAAGGCUCAGGAGUUCUGCGGUAAGUUCCUCGACUUUGUCUUGGCCGUGCAAAAGGCGCAGCGAGACAAUCAGCGCCAGCGCGAGCGUGAGGCCAAGAAGCGCCGCCGCGAGGCGGCAAGAGCCGCGCGUCACGGCCACCCCAAUUAGUUGCCCAGCCCCUAAAAGGUGUCCCCCU